GACUCCAUUCGCCUUGAGAACCGACCGCUGUGAACCCGCCAGUACUCAUUACUUUGACAACAGAAGCCAUAUAUCGACACUGCCGAAACCGCCACCAUGGCUGCGCUCGCAAGCAAGCAGCAAUCACAAAAGAUUUUUGAGAAGCUCAAGACUAAGCAGGCAAACAAAAUAUGCUUUGACUGUGGACAGAAGAACCCAACGUGGACUUCCGUCCCAUUCGGAAUCUAUCUUUGCCUCGACUGCUCCUCGAACCAUCGCAAUCUCGGAGUGCACAUUUCCUUUGUGCGCUCCACAAAUCUCGAUCAAUGGCAAUGGGACCAGCUGCGCGUCAUGAAAGUAGGCGGUAAUGAAUCAGCCACCAAAUUCUUUCAGCAGAACGGCGGAUCCGCCGCCUUGAACAGCAAGGACCCCAAGACCAAAUAUCACUCGCCCGUAGCGACCAAGUACAAGGAGGAGCUGAAGAAGAGAGCAGCGCGGGACGCCAAGGAAUACCCAGAGGAGGUUGUCAUCACCGAUGGCACCGACGCAGGAGACGGCACAAACACUCCCGCUGGGGAGCCGGAUGACGACUUCUUCUCCUCAUGGGACAAGCCCGCGAUCAAGAAGCCCACGCCUCCGGUCUCGCGAACUGCGACCCCGCCAGUAGUGGGAAGGACGCCAUCUCCUUUCCUCACUGCCGGUGGCGCCAACGGGAAGGACAUUGCGCGCACUCCCUCGCCGCUCGCCAAACCUGCCGACAAGCCAGCCGCCAGCCGAAUCACUCACUCAUCCGCUCUUAAGAAAACUGCGGGCGCAGGCCCCAAGAAGGCAAAUGUGCUUGGAGCGAAGAAGACUACCAAGCUCGGCGUGAAGAAGGUCAACGCUGAAGCCAUUGACUUUGAUGAAGCCGAGAAGAAGGCCAAGGAGGAGGCUGAAAGGAUUGAGAAGCUGGGCUACGAUCCAGACGACAUAGAUACUACUGCCACCAAGAAGGUCGGUGGUAUCAAGGCCGAGUCGAGCGGUGCUGGAAUCCUGGCGCCCACACCCGUCAGCCCAGCACGCGGCGGAUACGGCUCAUCGGGCCACAGCCGGGAGAAGUCAGCGUCCGAGAUGGAGAGGCUUGGCAUGGGCAUGGGCAGGCUAGGAUUUGGUCAGGUUGGUGGCAACAAGCCCGCCGCGGCAGCGCAGGCAAAGAAGGGUGGCGGCUUCGGUUCGGUUGGCCCUAUCAAGGCGACUCCGGAAGCCGACGAGGAGAAGUAUGCGCGAAGCAAAUUCGGUGCCCAGAAGGCCAUCUCAUCGGACGAGUUCUUCGGCAAGGGUUCCUAUGACCCCAAUGCCCAGGCCGAGGCCAAGACACGGCUGCAAGGCUUUGAAGGUGCCUCGGCCAUCUCGUCCAACGCCUACUUCGGCCGGCCCGAGGAGGAAGAGGCCGAGGAGUACGGAGACUUGGAGACUGCUGCUAAGGACUUCAUUCGCAAGUUUGGCCUUACGCGAGGCGACGAUCUCGAGAACCUUACAGCAGUGCUUGGAGAUGGCGCAACGAAGCUGCAGGGUGCCAUUCGCAGCUAUCUCGGCAGCUAGACGCCUUGUUUUGUUAUUGGCGUUACAAAUUCAGUCGAGUUGAUUCGAUAUCGGAGGUGAAGAUGUGACAAACCAGAACGGUUUCGUCGCAUUUUCAAAGGUACUGGGGAUGUGGGCAAGUAGAGUUUUACUGUAACAGUGUUUGCUGUUGGGCGGCUGUUAUUCACAUGAGUAAAGGGGUAGAGUGAUAAGAUGACUGGGCAACAUCAACAUUUCAGACACUUAAUACAAAUCUCUUUUUUCAUUUUAGUACACAUCAAAGGGGUUUGCUUUACUUCUUCUCAUCAGGUGACUUUUGAUGUAUAGAAUAGUUUUAGUCUGAAAAGGUUUUGGUUGUUAGUCCCAAACCAUGCGGCG